UCAAAGACUGGACUAUGGCAGAAGAAAUAAGACAGCCUUCAGGAUACAGGUGGAAAAAGUAUACCAGUCCAUUACUCAGGAUUCUGACCUCAAUGAGCUGGAAAGCAAACACUUGGCUAAAAAAGCAAAGCACAGCCAGAGCGACCGGGUAAAGCUGCCAGUGUAUAGUCACAGCAAUAGUACUAGUUACUGUGGUGUGUAGGGGUAACAAAAGUGCUGUUCAAACAAUAUAUGUGUCCAUAGAGAAGGCUCCAACCUGUCUUCCGAUAGUGAUGAGGAGGAUGAGAGCGUUCUGGGGAAUAUGCCCACCAACCAUAUGAACAGCUCUCUAACCAGCCUGUACAGAAAAAGUGCUGAAAACACGGAAGGCCCGAGCAGCAACCCAGCCCCACAGAGCACCAACCAGAGUUGGUACAUUGACAGAGACCCCAGCAAAACCACACCUUUCAUUGACUUGUGUGAUGACGAGCCUGUUCAGAAAAAUGUCUCUGGAAAGUCUCAGAAGAAGUCCAAAAAGAGGACAAACGCAGUAACUGAACAUGAAGACUCUCGACCUGUUAACAAAAAAGCAAAAAAAAUAAUUGAACUGCAGUAUCCAGCUUUGACAUUUGAAGAUGUUGGAGGAAAUGAAGAAACAUUAAAGGAUGUGUGCAAGCUGCUCCUUCACAUGCGACACCCAGAGGUGUAUCAGCAGUUGGGAAUGGUCCCUCCCAGGGGCGUCCUGCUCCACGGGCCCCCAGGCUGUGGAAAGACUCUACUGGCUCAGGCUGUUGCAGGCGAGCUGGGGCUGCCCCUGCUGAAAGUGUCUGCUCCAGAGCUUGUGUCAGGAGUGUCAGGAGAGUCAGAACAGAAGCUGAGAGAACUCUUUGACACAGCAGUGAGCUCCUCUCCGUGCAUCCUCUUCAUUGAUGAGAUUGAUGCCAUCACUCCAAAAAGGGAGGUGGCCUCCAAAGACAUGGAGAGAAGGAUUGUGGCUCAGCUGCUUACUUGCAUGGAUGACCUGAACAGUUUAACAGUAACAGCUCAGAUACUGGUAAUCGGUGCUACUAACCGUCCUGACUCUCUGGACCCCGCACUGCGCAGAGCGGGGCGCUUCGACAGAGAGAUCUGCCUUGGUAUUCCAGAUGAAUCGGCGCGCCUCAGAAUCCUCAAGACUUUGUGUCGAAAGCUGAAGCUAUCUGAAGAUAUCGAUUAUGGGCAACUGGCACGGCUCACUCCAGGGUACGUGGGGGCAGACCUAAUGGCACUGUGCCGAGAAGCUGCCAUGUGCGCUGUCAACAGAGCUCUGCUGGAAACCCACUCAAGAAAAGCCCAGACCAAAGAGGAGUCAAUAGACAACAGUCAGAAGUCUCUGGAGUGCCCAUCAGACUCCUCUGUGACAACUGUUGAGCCUGCACCUGCAAAGCAGGAGGAGCUCUGGCACAUGUUACAACUCCUGAAGAAUUCAGAGCUGUUGUCAGAAGAGGAGCUGUCGGGACUAUCCAUCCUCAUGUUGGACUUUAAAUCAUCACUGUCCAGUAUCCAGCCCUCAGCCAAAAGGGAGGGCUUCGCCACUGUCCCUGAUGUGACGUGGGAUGACAUUGGAGCAUUAAGGGAUGUCCGAGAUGAACUCACCAUGGCUAUACUGGCCCCUGUGCGCUCCCCAGAACAGUUCAAGGCCUUGGGGCUCAGUGCUCCUUCAGGAGUGCUGCUGGCUGGACCACCUGGAUGUGGGAAGACAUUACUUGCUAAGGCUGUGGCCAAUGAGUCAGGCCUGAACUUCAUUUCUGUCAAGGGCCCAGAGCUGCUGAACAUGUACGUGGGAGAGAGCGAGCGCGCUGUCCGGCAGGUCUUUCAGAGGGGACGAAACUCCGCCCCAUGUGUCAUCUUCUUUGAUGAAAUUGAUGCUUUAUGCCCUCGACGAUCCGGACAUGAGUCCGGGGCCAGUGUGCGUGUGGUCAACCAGCUGCUGACUGAGAUGGAUGGUUUGGAAACACGGCGGCAAGUUUACAUUAUGGCUGCCACCAACAGGCCAGAUAUUAUUGACCCAGCCAUACUCAGACCCGGCCGUCUUGAUAAAACCCUGUAUGUCGGUCUACCACCGGCAGCUGAUCGACACGCCAUUCUCCUCACUGUCACCAAGGGGGGGACCCGGCCUCAGCUGGACCAUGAUGUCAGCUUGGAAGACAUAGCAUUUGAUGAGCGCUGCGACUGCUUCACUGGGGCCGACCUUACAGCUUUAGUGAGAGAGGCAUCUGUCAGUGCUCUAAGUACCUACCUCGAAGCCCACAGUUCUUCAGUGUCCACCAGUGGUCAGGACCGUGUAGUUGACAUCAAAGUGAAGAAACAGAAUUUUGAAACUGCAUUCAAGAAAGUUCGGCCCUCAGUGUCUAAAAAGGACCGUCAGAUGUACGAGCAGCUCCGGGAGUCUCUCAGCCCAUAACCUUCCCAACAUGAUCCCAGUCCUCCUCCACAACGCACACUUUCAUAUUUUAUGUUAAAAUAAACCAUAACAAUUUU